AUAAAGUUUUUAUUGCUAUCAUGAAUAAAAUACAUCGUCUCAAGAAAGUGUUAACAGAUUUGCGAUCUCUCAAUGUUUUGAGAGCAAAUUCGAUAUCUACAAGAUAUUUUUGUACAAGCAAAGAUUUGGAAGGGGAAACUAAAGAUACAGCAUCUGCAGAGUCUGUUGUUGGAAAAGAAAUACAAGCAGAAGCGAAAGAAAAUGCAGAAAUAUCAGGAUCUAAUGCAAAAUUGAGUGGUUUUGCGCAAAGUUACGAAAGAUUCUCGCAUAUUGACGAUAAAACACCAGAAAUACCUCAAACGUUCGCUUCCUUAAUACGCAACUCCAAAUUUGUUGAUUUGGGAGAACCAGAAGGAAAACUAGUAACUGGUGAAAUAUUUAAUAUUGUUGAUGAUGACUUGUACAUUGAUUUUGGAUGGAAGUUUUAUUGUGUUUGUCGAAAACCUAUAAAAAACGGACAGUACUAUGUGAGAGGAUCCAAGGUUCGGCUAAAGAUAAGGGAUUUGGAACUUUCUUCUAGAUUUUUAGGUGCUACAACAGAUAUAACUCUUUUAGAAGCUGAUUGUAUUUUAAUGGGUUUAAUAUCGUCACCAUUACAAAUAUCAGAACAGAAAGCACAGAAAAUAGAAACAAGGAGACUGAAAAUACAGAAUGUUUAAUAAUGUA